GAGUAAGCAUUUCAUCUCCCCUAUUUAUUUCCUAGUGUAGGCCGUCCCGCAUUCUUUACUAGAAGACUACGAAAUGGACUCGACGACCGACGAACGCUCUGCUAGCGACGACGCUGCCCCUGCAGCUGCAGCCCCAGCGCCGGCGCCGAAGUGUGAGAAGAUCGUGCUGAGCAGCGAAGCCGAGCAGGACGCUUAUCCGUUCGACAGUGCUGCAGAAUGUUGGUCGAUGGUGAGCCUCAAAGCCCCUGUGUACGAACCGAGCGAGCGAGCAAGCAUCGACCUCGUGGCCGUUGUCGACAAGAGCGGCAGUAUGUCGGGGGAGAAAAUUUCUCUCGUGAGGGAGACCCUUCAUUUCGUCGUUGAUCAAUUGAAGGACACCGAUCGUCUUGGCAUUGUGUCAUAUGACACUAGCGUGUAUGAUGAUUUACGUCUCAAGGUCAUGAAUCAAAAAGGGAAGUCUCAAGCUCAUGCAGUUAUUGACAAACUUAAAGAUGGGUCUUCAACUAAUCUCAGUGGUGGGCUAGAAAGAGGUUUAGAAUACAUUGAACAACUUGGCACAAACAAGAAAGACGUGUUGUCAGUUCUUCUAAUGACGGAUGGAAUGGCUAAUCGGGGAGUCACUGCGCAACCUGAUAUUCUGAGGAGAAUGACAAGGGCAGGAAGGGGACAAGGCGGAUGGUCAGGUGGAAUAUUGGCUAGUGUUCAGAGAGGCAUUUCUCGUCUUCUAGAUAGUGAAGAAAACGCCAGCUCAGCUGGAAAUGCUGAAGAAGUUGCUGCUAUUGUCCAUACCUUUGGCUUUGGCUCUGAUCACUUAGCUAGCCUUUUGGAAGCAAUCAGUGAGAAAGGACAAGGCAUGUACUACUUUAUCGAUAACAACGAGAAGAUUCCAGAAGCCUUUGCUGAUUGUCUUGGAGGACUGCUUAGUACAGUUGGUCAGAAUGUAACGUUGACAAUUGCUACUAAAAAUGGAACUCAUAUUACCAAAGUGCACCACCGCCGAGCAGGAGCACUGUCUGAUUCUUCAACCAAACGUCUCGCAGUUGUAUAUCGACAGUUUCAAGUAAUUUGCGGCGGAGUCGAGCAUCACGGAUGUGUUCGAUCAGCUGAUCUCGAAUGUGAAGUCAAAAUUGGAGAUGUGCAAUCUGAAGAACAACGUGAUAUUGUCAUUCAGUUGCAACUGCCUCAGUUGCAAGCUCCUCAACCAGAACCAGAAGUUGUCCUUGAAGCAGAGUUGUCAUAUUUCAAUGCUAUAACAAGCAUGAUGGAGAAAAAUACAACUAGUAUCUGUGUGAGGAGACCAGCUGAUGUUCCUGCUGGAUCUGUACAGUCCAAGCCUACAAUUGACCUACAGCGGAACAGAGUUAUAGCCGCUGAGGCCAUGAAACGUGCCACCGAAUUGGCUGAUGGCAACAAGUUAGAAGAAGCUAGAGCAGUCAUUGCCAAGGCAACUGCUGUGAUCACUGAUUCUUGUACGAAAGAUGAAAGUCAAAGUCAGUAUCUACUUGCUGAUCUAAGCAAGAGUCGUGAACAGCUCAGUAGCCAUCAUGCAUAUCGUGCUGGUGGUAAUUUCAUGUACAUGCAAGCUCAGUCUCAUGCAGUGCAACGUAGUAGUGCGGCAGACAAUGAAUCAUACUGCACACCUCGCAAAAUGAGGAUGAAGAGUUUGGUUUCUAAGAAAAAGUGACCGAUGUUGCAUUGAUUGCAAACAGAUUGUGUAGUUCAUCGUAGUUGUUGGGCUGAACUCCUGUCAUUGUGGCACUUUUUUAGCAUUGCAUGCGUGUUGACACUGCUGGAGAUCCUGAUUAGCCAUUACUUUGUUUAGUUCGCGUGUGUAAUCAGUCUCGUAUCAUAGUAUACUGUGCUGA